AUGUUUUCAAGGAAGUGUUUACAAAUCUUCACAAAAUCAACAAGGGCAAAUCAGCUGUUUAUGAAAACAAAGAGAGCAAGGACAACAAAACAAACACAGACCUUCACCAUCACAACCACGGAGGAUAACACAGUGACGGAGGAUAACACAGUGACGGAGGAUAACACAGUGACGGAGGAUAACACAGUGACGGAGGAUAACACAGUGACGGAGGAUAACACAGUGACGGAGGAUAACACAGUGACGGAGGAUAACACAGUGACGGAGGAUAACACAGUCACGGAGGAUAACACAGUGACGGAGGAUAACACAGUGACGGAGGAUAACACAGUGACGGAGGAUAACACAGUGACGGAGGAUAACACAGUCACGGAGGAUAACACAGUCACGGAGGAUAACACAGUCACGGAGGAUAAUACAGUCACGGAGGAUAACACAGUGACGGAGGAUAACAUAGUCACGGAGGAUAACACAGUGACGGAGGAUAACACAGUCAGGGACGAUAACAGUGACGGAGGAUAA